AUGAGUGAAUCGCGGUCUUUUUACGAUAUUCUUGGUGUCGGCCGUACGGCGACACCGGAUGAGAUAAAGAAAGCUUACCGACGCUUGGUCUUGUCCGUGCACCCGGACCGCGUUCAUGCCGGGGGCAGGGCAGGCGACCCAGCCGCGCUUCGAGAGGCGCACGAGAAUUUUCUCCAACUGCAGCGCGUUUACGAAACGUUGAUCGACGAGGAGAAGCGAGCAUACUACGAUGAAACUGGUAAGUGCUUGGACGAAGGACAACACCUGGUUGAAGAGAGCACGCUAGACGCGCUGCACCGUUUCUUUAGAACGUGCCAGCGUCGAAUCACAGAGGAAGAUAUUGUCGCUUUUGAAGCAAAGUAUCGGAACUCGGACAUGGAACGCGAAGACGUCCUGAACCAUUACCGAAAUUUUUGUGGCAAAGUGGAGCAUCUCAUCGAUCAUAUCCCGUACAGCGACGAAAGCGACAUCUCGCGUUUUAUCCAGAUACUGGAUGAUGCGCUCAGCAAGGGCGAGCUUGAACGCACACCGGCUUAUGCAGGUAGCCGCAAAACCCUACUUGGGCGCGCGAAGCGUAGCACACAUCGUGCUCGGAAGCCGGGCAAGAGUGAGCGCAACAAGUUUGCUGCGUUGCAGGAAGCGAUAAUCUCUAAACGAGAAGAUCGGGCCACGCAACUUGAAGCUCUAUGUGACCGCAUCGCCGCCAAAUACGCUGCCGUAACUGGCCCAAAUUCGACUACCGCCAAACGCGGUAGGAAGGAGCGCAAACGAUCCACAGCAUCCAAGUGA